AUGCCUCGUAGAGACGCCUGCAAUAAGAUAGUUGUAUCUUUUUUGCCAUUUUUAGGUGUCGCAACCGUCUAUGCCAAGUUUGAUGAGAUAAGAAGCUGCUCAACUAUUGGUGUAGCUGAUUUAUUCGAAAAUAACGGAUUAACCUGGGAAGCAAAUUUGAAGAAGAAAUGUCCACUAUUUCUUGAAUCCUUUGAUUGUGUUGAUGACUUUUCUGUAAGAGAGACAGGCAAUACUGUUUUCGAGAACUUUAAGUUUUUACAGAAAGAGGGCAUUCUUAAUUCGGAGGAGAGUGCCCUGGUUUUUUUCCAGAAGACCGUUAGAGAUGUGUGCACGCCUGGAACCAUCCUCCAUGAAGCUUACCUUAAGCAGGAUGAAUGUAUAUCCUCCCUCAAAACUCCAUGGAAAUCCUGCCGACAAGAAGCUCUGCAGUCUUUUGAAGAGUUGGAGAAGCUUUUUGAAGAUGAGGAUGAGGAACUAACUCCGAGUAUGAAGCAGUGCUUUCUUGAAGUUUAUAAAGCAUCUUGUUUUAACACACUGAUCGAAACAAAAUGUGGGAAUGUGCCUGGAAAGAUUUUUAAAGAUUUAGUUCAGAAAUCUAAAUAUCUUGGCAUUGUAUGCGAGCCCGAAGAAGCUGAUGAUGUGCUAGAGAUAUUACGAUCGCGUAAAGCCAGUCAUAUAACGUUUGACUUAAAACACUUUACGUAAUUUUUAUUGGUAUGUUUAUCUCCAAUAAAAACAAAAUAAAAUUUAUUG